ACACGCGCUCUCACACCCGCCCCUGGGAGCAGAAGCAGCAUCUUCCCCAGCUUCGUGGGUUUCUCCUCCCCCCGGAGUCAGGGUGUGAGAGGAAAUCUCGGGGCUUCGCUCUAUCGAGAGUGCUCGUCAAGGGUGAUUCUUGAUCACCACUAUCCAGAAGUGCUGGCGUCUGAAUGCAUAUCCUUUUGCCUUGCAAAGAAGAGUCGUGAACUUCAAAACCCCCGAGACGGAUCAUUAAUCCUGCUUUGCAGGAAAGGAAAACCCUCCAUUCCCAGCCACCGGCCACCCCUCUCCGCAGACUGCAACCGCGGAGGCGCUCGGAGCCGGAAGGGGACGCUUUGGGAAUGACCAUGCUCCACCGAGGGACGGAGCCGGCCCCCAGCUUCUCCACACAGAGCCUCCUCCACUAACGCUCCAAAAACCAAAAACCGUAAUUGCCAGAAGAAGCGUUAAAAAUCCAUUCCAGCCACUAACCUCACAUGCACACGGAAUAAUUACUCUGGAUUCUGCAUUGUGAGCUGCUCUCCAUACCCUGAAUUACCUUUGAAUUAAAUCUUUUUUUUUUGAAUUUGCAUCUCUUCAAGACACAAGAUUAAAACAAAAUUUACGCUAAAUUGGAUUUUAAAUUAUCUUCCGUUCAUUUAUCCUUCGUCUUUCUUAUGUGGAUAUGCAAGCAAGAAGAAGGGACUGGACAUUCCCAACAUGCUCACUCCCUUAAUCUGUCCGUCUAGAGGUUUGGCUUCUACAAACCAAGGGAGUCGACGAGUUGAAGAUGAAGCCCAGAGCGGAGUGCUGUUCUCCCAAGUUCUGGUUGGUGUUGGCCGUCCUGGCCGUGUCAGGCAGCAGAGCUCGUUCUCAGAAGAGCCCUCCCAGCAUUGGCAUUGCUGUCAUCCUCGUGGGCACUUCCGACGAGGUGGCCAUCAAGGAUGCCCACGAGAAAGAUGAUUUCCACCAUCUCUCUGUGGUGCCCCGGGUGGAACUGGUAGCCAUGAAUGAGACCGACCCAAAGAGCAUCAUCACCCGCAUCUGUGAUCUCAUGUCUGACCGGAAGAUCCAGGGCGUGGUGUUUGCUGAUGACACAGACCAGGAAGCCAUCGCCCAGAUCCUCGAUUUCAUUUCAGCACAGACUCUCACCCCCAUCCUGGGCAUCCACGGGGGCUCCUCUAUGAUAAUGGCAGAUAAGGAUGAAUCCUCCAUGUUCUUCCAGUUCGGCCCAUCAAUUGAACAGCAAGCUUCCGUAAUGCUCAACAUCAUGGAAGAAUAUGACUGGUACAUCUUUUCUAUUGUCACCACCUAUUUCCCUGGCUACCAGGACUUUGUAAACAAGAUCCGCAGUACCAUUGAGAAUAGCUUUGUGGGCUGGGAGCUAGAGGAAGUCCUCCUACUGGACAUGUCCCUGGACGAUGGAGAUUCUAAGAUCCAGAAUCAGCUCAAGAAACUUCAAAGCCCCAUCAUUCUUCUUUACUGUACCAAGGAAGAAGCCACCUAUAUCUUUGAAGUGGCCAACUCAGUAGGGCUGACUGGCUAUGGCUACACGUGGAUCGUGCCCAGUCUGGUGGCAGGGGAUACAGACACAGUGCCUGCGGAGUUCCCCACUGGCCUCAUCUCUGUAUCAUAUGAUGAAUGGGACUAUGGCCUCCCCGCCAGAGUGAGAGAUGGAAUUGCCAUAAUCACCACUGCUGCUUCUGACAUGCUGUCCGAGCACAGCUUCAUCCCUGAGCCCAAAAGCAGUUGUUACAACACCCAUGAGAAGAGAAUCUACCAGUCCAAUAUGCUAAAUAGGUAUCUGAUCAACGUCACUUUUGAGGGGAGGAAUUUGUCCUUCAGUGAAGAUGGUUACCAGAUGCACCCGAAACUGGUGAUAAUUCUUCUGAACAAGGAGAGGAAGUGGGAAAGGGUGGGGAAGUGGAAAGACAAGUCCCUGCAGAUGAAGUACUAUGUGUGGCCCCGAAUGUGUCCAGAGACUGAAGAGCAGGAGGAUGACCAUCUGAGCAUUGUGACCCUGGAGGAGGCACCAUUUGUCAUUGUGGAAAGUGUGGACCCUCUGAGUGGAACCUGCAUGAGGAACACAGUCCCCUGCCAAAAACGCAUAGUCACUGAGAAUAAAACAGAUGAGGAGCCGGGUUACAUCAAAAAAUGCUGCAAGGGGUUCUGUAUCGACAUCCUUAAGAAAAUUUCUAAAUCUGUGAAGUUCACCUAUGACCUUUACCUGGUUACCAAUGGCAAGCAUGGGAAGAAAAUCAAUGGAACCUGGAAUGGUAUGAUUGGAGAGGUGGUCAUGAAGAGGGCCUACAUGGCAGUGGGCUCACUCACCAUCAAUGAGGAACGAUCGGAGGUGGUCGACUUCUCUGUGCCCUUCAUAGAGACAGGCAUCAGUGUCAUGGUGUCACGCAGCAAUGGGACUGUCUCACCUUCUGCCUUCUUAGAGCCAUUCAGCGCUGACGUAUGGGUGAUGAUGUUUGUGAUGCUGCUCAUCGUCUCAGCCGUGGCUGUCUUUGUCUUUGAGUACUUCAGCCCUGUGGGUUAUAACAGGUGCCUCGCUGAUGGCAGAGAGCCUGGUGGCCCCUCUUUCACCAUCGGCAAAGCUAUUUGGUUGCUCUGGGGUCUGGUGUUUAACAACUCCGUACCUGUGCAGAACCCGAAGGGGACCACCUCCAAGAUCAUGGUGUCAGUGUGGGCCUUCUUUGCUGUCAUCUUCCUGGCCAGCUACACUGCCAACUUAGCUGCCUUCAUGAUCCAAGAGGAAUAUGUGGACCAGGUUUCUGGCCUGAGCGACAAAAAGUUCCAGAGACCUAAUGACUUCUCACCCCCUUUCCGCUUUGGGACCGUGCCCAACGGCAGCACAGAGAGAAAUAUUCGCAAUAACUAUGCAGAAAUGCAUGCCUACAUGGGAAAGUUCAACCAGAGGGGUGUAGAUGAUGCAUUGCUCUCCCUGAAAACAGGGAAACUGGAUGCCUUCAUCUAUGAUGCAGCAGUGCUGAACUAUAUGGCAGGCAGAGAUGAAGGCUGCAAGCUGGUGACCAUUGGCAGUGGGAAGGUCUUUGCUUCCACUGGCUAUGGCAUUGCCAUCCAAAAAGAUUCUGGGUGGAAGCGCCAGGUGGACCUUGCUAUCCUGCAGCUCUUUGGAGAUGGGGAGAUGGAAGAACUGGAAGCUCUCUGGCUCACUGGCAUUUGUCACAAUGAGAAGAAUGAGGUCAUGAGCAGCCAGCUGGACAUUGACAACAUGGCAGGGGUCUUCUACAUGUUGGGGGCGGCCAUGGCUCUCAGCCUCAUCACCUUCAUCUGCGAACACCUUUUCUAUUGGCAGUUCCGACAUUGCUUUAUGGGUGUCUGUUCUGGCAAGCCUGGCAUGGUCUUCUCCAUCAGCAGAGGUAUCUACAGCUGCAUCCAUGGGGUGGCGAUCGAGGAGCGCCAAUCUGUAAUGAACUCCCCCACCGCAACCAUGAACAACACACACUCCAACAUCCUGCGCCUGUUGCGUACGGCCAAGAACAUGGCUAACCUGUCUGGUGUGAACGGCUCCCCGCAGAGCGCCCUGGACUUCAUCCGACGGGAGUCAUCCGUCUAUGACAUCUCAGAGCACCGCCGCAGCUUCACGCAUUCUGACUGCAAAUCCUACAACAACCCACCCUGUGAGGAGAACCUCUUCAGUGACUACAUCAGUGAGGUAGAGAGAACGUUCGGGAACCUGCAGCUGAAAGACAGCAACGUGUACCAAGAUCACUACCACCAUCACCACCGGCCCCAUAGCAUUGGCAGUGCCAGCUCCAUCGAUGGGCUCUACGACUGUGACAACCCACCCUUCACCACCCAGUCCAGGUCCAUCAGCAAGAAGCCCCUGGACAUCGGCCUCCCCUCCUCCAAGCACAGCCAGCUCAGUGACCUGUACGGCAAAUUCUCCUUCAAGAGCGACCGCUACAGUGGCCACGACGACUUGAUCCGCUCCGAUGUCUCUGACAUCUCAACCCACACCGUCACCUAUGGGAACAUCGAGGGCAAUGCCGCCAAGAGGCGUAAGCAGCAAUAUAAGGACAGCCUGAAGAAGCGGCCUGCCUCAGCCAAGUCCCGCAGGGAGUUUGACGAGAUCGAGCUGGCCUACCGUCGCCGACCGCCCCGCUCCCCUGACCACAAGCGCUACUUCAGGGACAAGGAAGGGCUACGGGACUUCUACCUGGACCAGUUCCGAACAAAGGAGAACUCACCCCACUGGGAGCACGUGGACCUGACCGACAUCUACAAGGAGCGGAGUGAUGACUUUAAGCGCGACUCCGUCAGCGGAGGAGGGCCCUGUACCAACAGGUCUCACAUCAAGCACGGGACGGGCGACAAACACGGUGUGGUCAGCGGGGUACCUGCACCCUGGGAGAAGAACCUGACCAACGUGGAGUGGGAGGACCGGUCCGGGGGCAACUUCUGCCGCAGCUGUCCCUCCAAGCUGCACAACUACUCCACGACGGUGACGGGUCAGAACUCGGGCAGGCAGGCGUGCAUCCGGUGUGAGGCUUGCAAGAAAGCAGGCAACCUGUAUGACAUCAGCGAGGACAACUCCCUGCAGGAACUGGACCAGCCGGCUGCCCCAGUGGCGGUGACGUCAAACGCCUCCACCACUAAGUACCCUCAGAGCCCGACUAAUACCAAGGCCCAGAAGAAGAACCGGAACAAACUGCGCCGGCAGCACUCCUACGACACCUUCGUGGACCUGCAGAAGGAAGAAGCCGCCCUGGCCCCACGCAGCGUGAGCCUGAAAGACAAGGGCCGAUUCAUGGAUGGGAGCCCCUACGCCCACAUGUUUGAGAUGUCAGCUGGCGAGAGCACCUUUGCCAACAACAAGUCCUCAGUGCCCACUGCCGGACAUCACCACCACAACAACCCCGGCGGCGGCUACAUGCUCAGCAAGUCGCUCUACCCUGACCGGGUCACGCAAAACCCUUUCAUCCCCACUUUUGGGGACGACCAGUGCUUGCUCCAUGGCAGCAAAUCCUACUUCUUCAGGCAGCCCACGGUGGCGGGGGCGUCGAAAGCCAGGCCGGACUUCCGGGCCCUUGUCACCAACAAGCCAGUGGUCUCGGCCCUUCAUGGGGCCGUGCCAGCCCGUUUCCAGAAGGACAUCUGUAUAGGGAACCAGUCCAACCCCUGUGUGCCUAACAACAAAAACCCCAGGGCUUUCAAUGGCUCCAGCAAUGGGCAUGUUUAUGAGAAACUUUCUAGUAUUGAGUCUGAUGUCUGAGUGAGGGAACAGAGAGGUUAAGGUGGGUACGGGAGGGUAAGGCUGUGGGUCGUGUGAUGCGCAUGUCACGGAGGGUGACGGGGGUGAACUUGGUUCCCAUUUGCUCCUUUCUUGUUGUU